GGAGACUUCCUGGAGCAGCCCCCCGCUCGCCUCCCGCCGCCGCCGGCCCCCGCCCGCCCGCCGCCAGCAGAGCCGCCGCGGAGGGACGCUUGCCCGCUGCUGCCGGCCAGAGCCAUCGCCGGCACCGCCUGGGAGCAACCUGUCAGUGCACCUCCUAGGCCGCCCCCGAAGGACCCUUCCCAGGCGUUAGCUUGUCCCCGCGGGAAGGAGAGUUCGAAGCCCUCUCCAUGCCUUAUCAAGUUCCUUAUCUGAGGGGCCGCCUGAAACUGUAGACCAGUUCAGCUCUAUCUGGUGUAGUGGAGGAAAACAGUGUAGCUCUCGUACCCCCAUCCAAAAUCGAGGACCACCUAUUCUGCUUUGGUUUAAUACACGAAGAUGGUGAAAUGCGGACUGCCGUUUGAAGCAAGUAGAUCCCUGUCGUGGAGUGAGGGCUUCGUGUUCACCUUCCAGCUCCUGGUCUGUGCGCUUUGAGAGAGGACGCUAAUCCUUCUCCUUCAUCCCCCUUCCCUCAACCUUUCCUUGCUUCCAUGUUGCAUUGGUCAGAAUUCUGGUCAGUGUUGUUUACGGAAGGAGGGGGGGAAAGAAGGUAGUUGAGGUUACAAACAAAAGUACUUGUAUGACUCAUCUACUUGGAUUUAAGACAUUCUAUCCUUCUUUCAAGGAGCUUUUGCUUCUCUUUGAAGGAAUCAGAUGCUUGUUCCUGUUCUUCCAGAGGAGGAUGGAUUGAAAGUUGUACCUUUUAGACUUUUUUUGGGCCACUGCUGAUAUUAUUAAAAGACAUAAUGGGGCUUUUUCACUGGAUUAUUGCCAGAAUUAGUUUACACACUGAAACAAUGAGUUGUUAGGCCUCUCAUAUGAUAAUGUUUGUCCUGCUUUAAUAUAAAGUUGCUGUGGAGGUUUGCGUUAAAAAUUGUGGAGGACAGCCUGCGUCAGAAGAGGCUCUCUUCAUCUCUGGUUGGUGUGGCAACCCCAAUCUGUCCUCGAUGCCUUCAGCCUUGGCCAUCUUCACUUGCCGCCCGAACUCUCAUCCAUUUCAGGAGCGUCAUGUCUACCUGGACGAGCCCGUCAAAAUCGGCCGCUCGGUGGCUCGCUGCCGGCCAGCUCAGAAUAACGCAACUUUUGACUGUAAGGUGCUGUCCAGGAACCAUGCUCUUGUCUGGUUUGAUCACAAGACAGGCAAGUUCUACCUUCAAGACACUAAAAGUAGUAAUGGUACCUUUAUUAACAGUCAGAGACUGAGUAGAGGAUCUGAGGAAAGCCCACCAUGUGAAAUUAUGUCAGGUGACAUCAUCCAGUUUGGUGUAGAUGUGACAGAGAACACGCGGAAAGGUAAGGUUACCCAUGGAUGUAUAGUCUCCACAAUCAAACUGUUUCUUCCAGAUGGAAUGGAAGCUCGAUUGCGAUCAGACGUUAUCCAUGCUCCAUUACCAAGUCCUGUUGACAAGGUUGCUGCUAACACUCCCAGCAUGUAUUCUCAGGAAUUGUUUCAGCUUUCACAGUAUCUACAGGAAGCCUUACAUAGGGAACAAAUGUUGGAACAGAAGCUGGCAACCCUUCAGCGACUACUUGCUGUCACACAAGAGGCUUCAGAUACUAGUUGGCAGGCUUUAAUAGAUGAAGACAGGCUGCUGUCAAGAUUAGAGGUUAUGGGAAAUCAAUUACAGGCAUGUUCAAAGAAUCAAACAGAAGACAGUAUACGAAAAGAGCUUAUAGCGUUACAAGAAGACAAACACAACUAUGAGACAACAGCCAAAGAGUCCCUGAGGCGGGUUCUUCAGGAGAAAAUUGAAGUGGUCAGAAAACUGUCUGAAGUGGAGCGGAGUUUAAGUAAUACAGAAGAUGAAUGUACUCACCUGAAAGAAAUGAAUGAGCGGACUCAGGAAGAAUUAAGAGAAUUAGCUAAUAAGUACAAUGGAGCUGUAAAUGAAAUUAAAGAUCUUUCUGACAAGCUAAAGGUAGCAGAAGGAAGACAAGAAGAAAUUCAACAGAAAGGACUGGCUGAGAAAAAAGAAUUACAGCAUAAAAUAGAUGAAAUGGAAGAGAGAGAGCAAGAGCUUCAAGCAAAAAUAGAAGCUUUGCAGGCUGAUAAUGACUUCACAAAUGAGCGGCUAACUGCAUUACAAGUACGGUUAGAACAUCUUCAGGAGAAAACUCUUAAAGAACACAACAGCUUAGGCAUACAAGUUGACGACUUCAUACCUAAAAUUAAUGGGAGCACAGAGAAAGAGCACUUUCUUUCAAAGAGUGGAGGGGACUGCACUUUUAUUCAUCAGUUCAUAGAAUGUCAGAACAAGAUCAUAGAUGAAGGACAUCUAACCAAAGUGGAAGAAACAAAGCUUUUGAAAGAGAAUCAAGCAAGAGUCAAAGAAUCUGAUUUGUCAGACACCCUUAGUCCAAGCAAGGAAAAAAGCAGUGACGACACUACAGAUGCUCAAAUGGAUGACCAAGAUCUAAAUGAACCUAUUGCUAAAGUAGCUCUUCUAAAAGAUGAAUUGCAGGGUGCACAAUCAGAGACUGAGGCUAAGCAAGAGAUUCAGCAGCUGCACAAGGAGCUGAUUGAAGCCCAAGAGCUAGCUAGGACAAGUAAACAAAAAUGCUUUGAACUUCAAGCGCUAUUGGAAGAAGAGAGAAAAGCAUAUCGAGUGCAAGUUGAAGAAUCUAACAAGCAAAUAAAUGUUCUGCAAGCUCAGUUGCGAAGAUUACAAGAAGAUAUUGAGAAUCUUCGGGAGGAGAAGGAGAAUGAAAUUUCAAGCACUCGAAAUGAACUAGUCAGUGCUCAAAAUGAGAUUCUGUCACUUCAACAAGUAGCAGAAAAGACAGCAUCAGAACGAGAUACAGAUAUUUCUGCGUUGCAACGUGAGCUGCAAACAGUGCGAGCGGAACUCGAACGGUGGCGGAAAGAUGCCUCAGAUUAUGAAAAAGAAAUUGUCAGCCUGCAGGCCAGCUUUCAGCUGAGGUGUCAGCAGUGUGAGGAUCAGCAGAAGGAAGAGGCUACUCGCUUAAAAGGUGAACUUGAAAAGUUGAAGGCAGAAUGGAGUGCUCUGGAAGCUGAAUGUGUUACACUAAGGAAGGAGAAUACUUCGCUUACAUCUGAGCUUCAACGACAAGAGAAGGAGCUUUCUAGCUCUCAGAAGCAGAGUUUAGCGCUAACCAGCGAUAUAAGUGUUCUUGAAAUGUCUCGAAAGGAACUUGAAAAUCAGAUGGGUUCUUUGAGAGAAAAGCAUCAACGGGAUGCAGCUAGUCUGAAAAGCCAACUCAGUGAAGCUGAGACUCAAGCAAAAGAUGUUCAGAAAGAGUAUGAAAGAACACAGACUCUGCUCUCGGAGCUGAAGGCGAAGUAUGAGGUGGCUGAACAAGAAAAUCAGUCACUCACAGAAGAACUCAAACAAUGUAAAGAAAACCUGAAGCUGCUACAAGAAAAAGGAAACAAUCCUUCCAUAUUACAACCCGUCCCAGCCGUAUUCAUCGGCCUAAUCCUGGCUUUCCUGUAUUGGUGUUACGGCCCAUUGUGGUAGCGAAAGAGACAAUGGCCUUGGAUGCCUGUGAUGGCAGCUUUGGUUGCUGUAACAGCCGUGGUGCUGUACCCAGGCCUAACCAGAGCUUCUCCAUGAGAACUGUUGUUGAAUCCAUACACCGUCCUCCCUUUAGAAGCUGGCAACAUUCAUAUACUGAGGGAAAACAGAUUAAUUCUCUUCCUUUUUACCUCUUAAUACAGCACAGCUCUGCGUGAGAACAGCAGUAGGGUCAUUUGCUUUAAACUGUAUAAAAUGUAUCUGUCUAUAAAGAGGGAAUAAAAUUGUGAUUCAUCAUACUGUGAGCAAUAUUUUUGCUUACAAUUUCAUGCAAGUUAUAAAUUAGUAUGUUGGGAUUCUGAAUACUAUAAUGGUGGCCUAAAGUAGGCUUCUUGGUACCAAAUUAUUUAUAAUGGCUAGGGUUGUGGACACUUACUUUAGAAUCUGAUUGCCAGAUUUAAAAGGAAAAACACAUUUCUGAUUUGGACACCCAAGCCAAGUAACCUUGCAGAUACUUGGAAAACACAUGCAGUGUGCUCAGUGCCUUUCAGUACAAUUUUGUUUUGCUUUGUUUUUUUUUUUUUAAAAAAAAAAAAAACAACCACUUAGUAUACUAUUUUACUUGCUGUUAGUCACUGAGCUGUUGGGAACAAGACUUACAAAAACUUCUCUUACCAUGCCUUUUGAAGGAAGCGUAUUUUUCUUUGAUAAGGAUUGCUUUAUAAUGAUUUUUGGAAAUAAACACAAUUCAUGUCCAGCCUUAAAGAGACAGAGAUACCGAUGGUGAAGACCAGCCUAGAGUAUUUAGUGUGCGCGUGUGCGAGUGUAAGCAUGUGUGUGUUUUUGAGUGAACUAAGGGGUUUCUGGGAGCAAGUACUUGGUCAUUUGAUGGACAUAGUGCAGUGAUACAACUUACGUUAACUUUAGUUUGAAUGUAAUUUAUUGAAUUUCAUAUAUUUAAAGAGACGCGUUCUUUAAAAGUAUGAAUACUUUCUCACAUACCACAUGUAUCAAUUUAUUUUUUCAGUCAUUUGAUACUUUCUGACUUGAGCUGGAGAAGCUCUUUAGAUAAGCUUUUGUUGACGUAACUUUGUUAAGAGAACUGCUACAGUACAUCUGUGAUUAGCUGAAAAAAAUCUAAGGUACAUAAAAUACUACAAAAUUGGAAUCAUAUACCUGAUGAUGUAUUGUCAGGUCAAGAUGAUUUCAAUUCGGUAGUAAAAUUUUGUGCAUCCUCAUCACAUGGCUGUAAGUAUGAUGCAGUGGUCCCCAUUACAAAGUUUAUUUUCCUUAUCUAAGUACUAUAACUAUUGCUAUUUGCUGACUUUUGGUGGGAAUCACUGUAGUUAGUGCUGAAUUAAAUGUAGACUGUAGUUGUCUUGUUCAGCUCAACAGUUCUGUCAAAAAAGUUUAUUAAAGACUUAAAUAAUAUGCUAAAGAAUGGUAAAGUAAAAUGGCUCUGCUAAAGGAAACUUCAAAAUAGGGAGGUAAUCUCAGCAAUUGAAUUGGCUUUAAAAAUGUUAUGGCAAUCGACAGAUAGUUUAAAUAUUUAAAUAGAAAUUUAGCAUAUAAUUUACUUUGUGAGGUUUUAAGGGUCAUUGUCCUUUAAUUAAAGGUUCUAUCUUAAAUUACGUGGGAUUUGCUAAUGGGAGGAUUAUUAGUUGGAAAAAAAUAGUCCACAAGUGACUUGUAGAAUAUAAAUAUUGUCAUUUAGUUCAUUCAUUUCAUCCUUUUCAGUUGCAGGAAGCCAUCCAACCACAGAACACUCGUAUGCCAGUGGUACUUAGUACCUCUUGUAUAUAGGUUAUUGCAAAUAUUGUUCUGAAAUGCUUAACUUCAGAAUUACAUUUUUUAAAGUAAAUAAUUGUUUUAAAUCUAUUUUGUAAAGAUAUAAAAAUACAAUAGAAUUUCUGGAGUACAGAUUAAACUAUUUGCACUAACACACGUGAUGUGCAUGAUUUAAUAAAAUAACUUUACUCUCCCUAUGCAUGUUUGAGUUGAAUGUCAUUUAAAAACAAAAGAUUCAUGCUAAGUUUCUUUUGCGCUAGAUAUUGCCACAGUUACUAGGCACAAUGUCUGCAGCAUGUCCAGUAAUAGCAAAAGAUUUUGUUUUAUUUUUUUUUUACCUUGUAUUUCACAUUUGCACUGGUCUAAGGUUUUAUCUAGCUGAUCUCUCUCCUGGCUGUGGCUUUCAGAGAGAGAGCGGGGAGGAGAGUGUGAUGAAAGGCUUGGGAGCAUUAUUGCCAUGGUGGGGGAGGAAAAGUGUUCACAGCUGAGGGUGGCUUGUACCUGUGGCAGGGUUGUGAGGCUGGAGGAGUGGUGGGCACAGAGAGUGGGACAACAAUGGAAAGCCCUUCUCGGGGAAGGGAGCCUGAUGCUGCCUCCUCUCUUCAGCAUCUUGAACUCCCAAUUUGUCCCUCCUACAGCUACUGUUUCUUUUCCAGUUGAUUCUGUUCCCUCCUCCCUGCUGGUAGCACGUAGACAUGGUGUGAGGAGGUGGAGUGGGGCCUGGUGGAGCAGUGGUCCCUCCUGGCUGGUGAUGGGGAAGGUGCUGAGCUCCCUGGGACCAGCCUCGGGUGGGCUGUGCUGCCAGGUGUGCCCCAUACCGAGCAGUGCUGCCUGGGACUUAAGUUUUUUCUUGUAUUAAAGACAAAUGUUGUGUUUUCAGAAAUCUGUAGAGCAUCAGAGAGGUGAGAUUUGGGACCCAACGUGGCUGUAUUAAAGGAGAAAGAUUUCUAAUUAAAUAAUCUUUUAAUGAUGUGCAUGUGUGCAUAUUUAUAUUGCAUACACAGGUGCGUAGUACACAUUGCAUGGGGGUUUGUGCUUACAGGUGUACCUGCACUUCCCUAAUACAGUGCCUUUACCAGGAGCUCUUGACAUUUGCAUGUUCAAAAUGAUCAAGAAUGAGGUAAAAUGCACAGUUCACUCUUUUGUUGUGAGAAUCCCUGGAGAAGGAAUGGAUAACUGGGAAGCUGCUGUUCUUCAGCGCUUUGAUAGUACAGCAGUGAGUGGAAUUAUUUUGCAAGCAUUCUGUGCACAAACUUCUCUGGUUCUUGUUGAGUUUGUUUAUAGUAAAUAUGUGUGCUCUUUUACAUUCAUAUUUAGGUUCUUUCUUCUUAGUUGUGAGGCUUGAUUAGCUAAGCCUUGGAGUUACUGUAACAAGAGCAGCUUUCCACAAACAUGUAAGAUGCUCUAAGUUUACUUGUAAAGUAAGUGCUCUGAGCAUGCACUGAAGUUUGAGGUUUUAAAAAGAUUCCUCAAACUAGAAAAAUUAGUCUGAGAGUUGUUUUAUCAGUUGACAAUUUGGAAGACUUAAUAUAAUAAAAUUCUUCAAUUUUGUCCCGGUCUCCUGACUGAAGCACCUUUUUUAAAAUUCUGAAAGAAUUCUACCUACAUGGGUACUACAACAGCAGGCCUUUUAUUUAAAAAUAUAACUAUAAAAUAUAUAAAAAAUAUAGUGUGUUUUUCCUGUUCCUUGUAGCUGAAUUAAAUGUGUUCUUCCAGAGUCUUAGCCUGAUCCUUCUUACAGAAUCUCUGGAUUUUUUUUGGUGCUAAAUGGAGAAUUGUGAGCGUGCACAAUCUAUUGCAAAGUUUUAUCAUAAAACAGUCUUAGUGAGGGUUAGUAUCAAAUGACUGACAGCUGAAGCAAAGGUGAUCAUCUGUGCAUGUAUUUUUGGGAUAUAUUCCUACGUUAUUUUUCUUUCUCUAAUCAAGCCUUCUGAAACAUGUAACUUGUUCAAAUUUUCAGUGUGCUUUACAUAAGAUUUUGAAUGUCUCCUGCCUUAAUCUGUAGGGUUCUACCACUUGCAAGAGUCAUUUCUUCAGCUUGCAUCUUCUCCAUGACAAAUCCACUGCUGAUUCAUUCCACCAGCAGCAUCUGAGUGCUUUAAAACACCAGGUCACCACAACGGCUUUUGGGAAGCCACUGUAGUUUGCACUAGCUCUGCAACCAGGGCUGGCUGCUUUCCACCAGGGGCCUUUUCUCCCCCUCUGGCUUUUCAUCCACCAUUAGUAUCUCAUUAGCAACUGUCUCAAGAUUUUGAGUCUCCAUUAAUAUAGCAAUUGAUCAUAUGCAAGAAUUAGAAGCCAUAUUAUCUUCUUCUCUCUCGUGCGUAUACUUCUGGAUCUGUUUGAGAGGUGAUUGCUUCCAGCAAACAGCUGCAUUGAAUUCCCCAGAUCCAGCCGAUUUACUCAUCCCAGUCCCUCUUGGCAUGUGCUUCUGGACACAAAAUUCCUUUCUUUCUCCUCGGUGGGGAAUUGGGCUGCACUGUGGGUCUCCCAGUUCUUCCUGCCUUCCUGGGUUUUUAGUUCAUGCCGACUCAUUCAAAUUAAUGAGCAAAGGUUUGUCCACAGAGCCAGGAUCUUCUGCUUGGAGGGAAGGUUGCACCUGCUACUGUUUUAAAAACAGUGGGUGCUCUCAGCAUUGGAUGAAGGGCUCCCAGAAGUAGAAGGCAAACUAGCAAUUGAAACAAAGGCAUCAGAGACUAAUGUUUCCAGUUGUUGGUAAAGGCAGAAGAAACUCAGAUCUGGUUGCUUUUCUGGAUAUCGCGGUCAUAAAACUUCACAGACUGAUUUCAACAUCAGAAGCAUAAUGUCAAGCAGUUAAGUAUCUAUUUUAGAAAAAAAGAAGUCUUCCUUGAAGAAGUUCAGAAAAAAAAUUGGUUGCCUCUGUAGGUAAGUUACUUGAGCAGCUACUGCACUCUCAGAAAAGCCAACGAAACAAACCCCAACCCACUCGCUUUGGCUCCCAACCACUGGAUUUCAAUAUAUCUCUCUUGGAGGAUGUUCUACUGCUGCAAAUAUUGUCCUUAUUCAGGGAUUUGGCAUACCAUGAUCAAAAUACCUUCCAAUCUUACUUUAUAUGAAUGGAUUGAAUUUCUUAUUUUUUUUUCUUCAUCCCUCUAGUUUUUGUUGCCAGCUUUUUAAACUAUUUCUAAUUUUCUAAAUGUUCUUUUUUUGAAGAGUAGAUGCCAGAACAGAACAUGUCCUUACAUUAAUGACUUUACUUACAUCAUAUAAAUAGAUAAUAAGCUUUAUAUCCUGCUCUGCUCUGCUUACUUGGCUGGCUACCAGAACCCUUUUGGGGAUUCACUGACUUCUCGCAUUUGGAUUUUAAUCUUGUGAAUCAAAUCUGUGCAUUCCUUGCAUCGCCCCAGCCCUGUGGUAUCUGACUUUGCAAUAUUGUUCGUUAAAAACCGCUGCAGGCAACCAGGCCAGGGCAGCAGUCUGUUCCCAGCCUGUUACUGGUCAGCACUUCAUCAGUGGGUAUGUUUCUCCUCCCUUCAGGUGUUAACAGGGAUGACUAACAAAGCUUUUGUAGAUUAUUGAUCGCACAGUGUUGGACAGUAGUGAGCCAAAACCAGAUCCCUGCAGGACAACAGGGAAAACAUUCAUAGAGUAAUUCCUUCACUUAGUGUUCGCAAAGUCAGCUGUUUUUUAAUCUGGAUUAUUAGUUUCAGUGACAGUAGUGUAGUGACUGCUUUUAUUGGAAUGUUAAAUGAUUUACAGAAGUCUUGGUCUAAUAGCACCAAUACUUACUCAUAUUUUUUAAAACUUACAGAAAUGAAAUUUUAUUUUAAAAUGUUUUGACAGGCAUAAAUUUUUAUAUGUUCUUGAAUCCUGUACUGAUUGCUUCCCAUAGAUUUGCUUAGAUCGUACAGGGAAGCAAAACCAGUCCUUUUUCCAAGAUAAUACAUUUUACUCUCUUCCCUCAGCCCCAUCACAUUGUUGCCUGUUACUGCUGCUUCCCUCUAUAAGGCAAUUCUAAAUUAUUCAUGUGACUACGUUUAAAUUUUUCAGUUUACUCGAUUUGGGUCAGCAUUAUUCCCAGCACUGGAAAUGUAACACUUCUAACGCACCGAGAGUGUGUGUGCAUGUGUCUACAUUGCUGUUCGGAGAUUGCGCUUGCAUGUGGUAAGAUAGGUCAUGAUUACUUGCGUUGGGCAGCCAGGAGGAUGGAGAGGUAAUUGAGGUUCUCCAAUAAUUCUCAACUAUGGGAAUGGAGAUGUUAGAAUGGAGAUGUAAUUCUUUUAUUAUGUCAGGUGAUAUAUUGAAUCUGUAGAUGCGCUUCCGAGCAUGUUGUCUCUUCAUCAUAUCUGAUGAAGACAAACAAAUCAAGAGCUUGGGUUACACUAAAAGUAACUUUUUUCUUACCUGAUAAUAUUAAUCAGUAACUUGAGAGAAAAGGGUAAAGUGAUCGAUUCAUUCUGCUCUAUUGGAAUAACAUUUAUCCAGAAGUUAGUCUGUAUUUGUUUCCAUGCCCUCUGUUAGGAAAUGGAUUAUUUUGUUUUAAAGAAAUAUCACACGCAUACUCUGAGUGGGGAAGUACUGCCUUCAGUAUGGGAUGGAUUUACUACUUUAAUCUUUGUGCUAGAUCAUUUAUGAAGUUUAUAUUCUAUUUAUAUUUCUUGUAAGGAGUUCUUGCUCUGGAAAAUACUUUUAUUGGGUAUGUCAUCAGUUUUGAUGUGACAAAACUACUUGUCUUGGAUAAUAUAGUGGCUCUUAUUUAAAAAUGUUCCAAAUAUGCAAUAUGUCUUUUGGGAUGAAUAAAUGGUAAAAAUUAUAAGAAUAAAUUUACAACACAACCAAAAGCUGA